AUGAAGGCAGAGCUUGCCAAGCUGGCCGAAAAGAUGCUCCGCACCCCCAAAUGCUCGAGGUGCAGGAACCAUGGCUUCCUGGUGCCGGUCAAGGGCCAUGCGGGCAAGUGCCGCUGGAAGCAGUGCACCUGCGAGAAAUGCUACCUGAUCACCGAGCGCCAGAAGAUCAUGGCCGCGCAGAAGGUACUCAAGAAGCAGGCCUCCGAGGAGGAGGAGGACGAGGUGGCCCUGGGCAUGCAGGGGCCAGAGCUGGCCUCUGGGUCCGCGGCAGCGGCCGCGGGCCCGGGCGCCAGCCUCCGCCCGUUGCCUCUGCUGGCUGGAGAAGGCGAGAGGCCCCCGCGGGGUCCCAGCCCCGGCCCGAGCGCCUUCCAGCCAGUUCUGGGGGGGCGCGGCCACGUGGGGCUGAACGAACGAGCCGUCUCGGUGAUGCCCGGCCCUUUGGGGCCCCAGUUCAGGAUGGAGGCAGCAGGUGGCGGAGGCCCCGGCCGCCUGGAGCUGUGCAGGCCGCUGCGGCCCAUGCCCAGCCCACCGUUCGCCGACUUUGGGCCCCCUCUGAGCAUCAACUCGGAUUGUGUGGUGGGGCCUGAGUACCUGGAGAGAGAGCCUUCCAAGCUGUACUCCGUGCACCCCUACCGCCCGUUCCCGCUGGGCUAUCAGGAUGCACCACCGGCCCCAGGGAUCCCCCUGCAGAGGGGCUUCCGGCAUGUGUCCUGCAGCCACUACCAUGGAGGAGGCUUGAUGUCGGAAGACUUCCAACAUCCAAUGGGAGACUUCCAACCAACCUACUACCCGCCGCCUCCACCUCCACCGCCGCAGCCGCAGUUUCUUCCACCAGGCUUCCUCUCUGCACUUCACUUCCUCCCGCCACCACCGCCGCCACCACCUCCAUCAUCUUUCUCUCUGUCCAUUUUGUCUGAUACAGGCAAGGAGAAUACUGAUGACCUGGAUGCGGAGGUGCCGGGUGAGCCCAGCCAGCCGUCAUCUCAGGAGCAGUCUGACUAG